ACGAGCGCUUCAUGUUGAGGUGGUGUAUUCCAGCAGGUGGCGCUGUGGCUGAUUUUGCGCAGUUGAUUGCAAGAGCAACUUAAAACCUUUCAGGUGUGACAGGUGACAUGCAUUCUGAUGCCGCUGUGAGAACCUCAGUGACUUGUGCAGGAAAUACGAACUUACAGGAUGAAACUUGAAAAGGAGAAACACGAUAGAAGAGAGAAGAAGAAGUCUAGAGACAGAGAGGAGGACUCGGAGCUGAACGGCAAACACAAACCCUCCUCAAAGAUGAAGCAGUCAGACAGUCGAUCUGGAGUCUGCAGCUUUGAGAGGACGCUCUCCGUUAGCUGUGAAGUUCUGUCAAACAGUAGUCUGAUGUUCAUGAGUUCUAGCAGCGCAGGGAAAUGUGAAGCAGGAGAUGCUGACACGCUUGAGGAUGUCAAAGUAGAUCCUGACGAAAGAAAUGAUGGACGGCAGGAAUCAGGUUCUCCAGAAAUCAACAACAACAGCAAAGAGAAGACUCGAUCAAAAAGCAGCAAGGAGCGUCACAAUCAUAAAGAGAAGAGCGAGCGGACUGCAGACGCGCGUGACUCCAAGCAGGAGGGUCACCGGUGUGAAUCUGAGGCACCUGUCAAGAUGAAGAAGAAGAGAGCCAAAGAUGAGAAGAGCUCGGAGAAACAUCCGUCUGGGAAGAAGAGGAAAAAGACCAGUUCUGAACAUGAGAAGAACAAAAAGAUCAAGAAAGACGGAGACCAGGAGAAGAAGAAGAAGGACGAGGAGGCUGAUAAGUGGAAGUGGUGGGAGGAAGGAAAGUCAUCAGACACUCAGAAGUGGAGUAGUUUGGAGCACAAAGGACCGUAUUUUCCUCCCGAAUACGAGCCGCUGCCUGAUAACAUCUGCUUUUAUUAUGACGGUCAGCCGGUGAAACUCCGUCCUGCUACGGAGGAAAUCGCCACUUUCUACGCUAAGAUGCUGGAUCAUGAAUACACCAGUAAAGAAGUGUUUCAGAACAACUUCUUCAGCGACUGGAAGGAGGAAAUGACUAAAGAAGAGCAGAAGCUGAUCAAGACGCUCUCCAAGUGUGACUUCAGGCAGAUCCACAAGUAUUUCGUGGAGAAGUCGGAGGAGCGUAAGAACAUGACGAAGGAGGAGAAGCAGGUCCUGAAGGAGGAGGCCAGCCGGCUGCUGGAGGAGUACGGCUACUGUCUGCUGGACAGACACCGCGAGAAGAUCGGGAACUUCAAGCUGGAGCCACCGGGGCUGUUCCGCGGCCGAGGAGAACAUCCCAAGAUGGGCAAGCUGAAGAAACGCAUCCAGCCGGAGGACGUGACCAUCAACUGCAGCCAAGACUCGAAGAUCCCGGAGCCCCCUGCAGGCCACCGCUGGAAGCGCGUGCAGCACGAUAACACGGUCACGUGGCUGGCGUCGUGGCUGGAGAACAUUCACGGACGACCCAAAUACAUCAUGCUGAACCCCAGCUCCAAACUCAAGGGCGAGAAGGACUGGCAGAAGUACGAGACGGCGCGGCAGCUGAAGACGAAGGUGAACUCCAUCAGAAAACAGUACAGACGCGACUGGAAGUCCAGAGAGAUGAAGAGCCGACAGAGAGGAGUCGCCAUCUACUUCAUCGACAAGCUGGCGCUGCGAGCGGGGAAUGAGAAGGACGAUGAGUCGGCUGAUACGGUGGGCUGCUGCUCUCUGCGAGUCGAGCACAUCACGCUCCACCGGCAUCUGGAUGGACAGGAACACGUGGUGGAGUUCGACUUCCUCGGGAAAGACUCCAUCCGCUACUACAACAAAGUGCCUGUGGAGAAACAGGUUUUCAAGAAUCUGAAGCUGUUCAUAAAGCAUAAGGAUCCAGAAGAUGAUUUAUUUGACCGAAUUACAACGGUCAAACUCAACAAAACCCUGAACGAGUCCAUGCCCGGACUGACGGCCAAAGUGUUUCGAACCUUCAACGCCUCGACCACGCUGCAGGAUCAGCUCAACAAGCUCACCACAGAGGACAUGACGGUGGAGGAGAAGAUCCUGUCGUAUAACCGAGCGAACAGAGCCGUGGCCAUCCUCUGUAACCACCAGAGGGCAGCACCCAAAACCUUCGAGAAAUCAAUGCAGCUGCUGCAGGAGAAGAUCCAGAAGAAAAAGGAACAAAUUGAAGAGGCCAAAAAAGAGCUGAAGGAAGCGAGGAAAGCGCAUAAAGACGCUCCGUCUGACAAAUCCAAGAAGCUGCUGGAGAAGAAGGAGAAGGCUGUUCAGAGACUGAGUGAGCAGCUGAAGAAGCUGCAGCUGCAGGAAACUGAUCGCGAGGAGAACAAGGUCAUCGCUCUGGGCACGUCCAAACUCAACUACCUGGACCCGCGCAUCAGCGUGGCCUGGUGUAAGAAACAUCAGGUGCCCAUUGAAAAGAUCUACAACAAAACCCAGAGGGACAAGUUCGCCUGGGCCAUCGACAUGACUGACGAGAACUUCCAGUUCUGAGGAUCUUUCUGUGUUAAUAAUGUGCUGUGAUUAUUUGUGAUGUUUUGUUUUGAAUCAGUCUGUUGUGAGACGAUCAGUAAAGCCUCUCAUACAUCA